AUGACGAUGGAACUGCUGUUUUGCAAAUCGAAGGUCUUUGUGCAUCCUACCAAGAGUUCAACUGACAAUGUUGCUGGGUUUCUGCUGAUAUACAACCAGAAGGGCCAACCCAAGCAGGACUCUACGUUAGGCUGGAUUCCUGAGAGUGCCCUUGAUAAGAAACAGCUGAAUUGGUUGAUUAAUGCGGACCUCAAGUUGGGAAGUUCGGAAAGUCGUGUGCUGAACUUAGACUCAAAGAUCCUUGCCGGCAGCACCGGUACGGCAUGGUCGUUUUCGAUCAAGCUGGGAUAUCUGUUCUCGAUCGAGUUCAGGUCUCCUAGUCCGACCGGUCUGUGGUACGGAUCAGUUGUGCUACAUUCCAAGACACCACAGGAGGACGAUACGUUGCCCGUCCUGUUCUUCCACGAUGACGUCUGUCCAUCCACCAAGCAUAAGAAGACGGAGCUGAACAGGGACUUCAACCCGUUUACAAGCUCUGGGGAUGUGUAUUGGGGUGGUGUGGAUUUUAGGGCCGCGGUGGCAUGCUUGGUUGAACUAAAGCAAACAUUCAUGGAACCGACUGUGUGGCUUGUGAACGCUACUCUGGAUGAUCUGCGGAACUUCUCACCGCAAUUGAUGCAAAAGAGACUGGAUGCUGCAGAGGUGGAAUCUGUGGAGGGAACAUCACUGUGGGCCAAAUGGGAAUCUGCGAGAUGGGGCAUUAUGACUAAGAUUGCUGACGCAACGUUCAAAACUGGCUCCCUAAUGGGAUCGCUGAUUAGACAACAUCCACUAGUGAGGCUUGCUGAGAGAAACGGAGACAAUCCCUACGUUCGAAAAUUGCUGGAGAAUCCCAGAGUUAGAGAGGUUCAGGACGAUUUCGAUUCUGCCAGAGUGUAUUUGGCGAAAUGGGCUUUGGGAGUCAAGCAGCAGGCUGAUCAGUAUCAGAGAACCCACGAACUAAGCGAGUCGUACCGUCGAACACUCACGCGGGAGCUAGGAUUUGACAGCGAGUCUGAUGUUCAGUUUACAGAUGAGGAAUUGAACAAAGCAUUAGAAAGGAAUUUUCCGGUCUCUAGACAGAAAUGGGAGUCCUUUUUUGAUGCACAGGGAAGAUUGGCUUUGACGGUUAAUGAAGUCAAAGAUUACAUAUUUCAUGGCGGGGUUGAAGAUUUCGCAACGAGAAGUGAAGUCUGGCUCUUUUUACUCGGUGCCUAUCCUUGGGACUCUUCGCUUGACGAGCGGGAGCAGCUGAAUCAAACCCUUCAAGAGAUGUACAAUAACAAUUACAAAUCGAAAUGGCUGAACAGGUCGGCCAAUCCGGAUGAACAUGAGGAAGAAUACUGGCAGGACCAAAUCUUUAGAAUUGAGAAAGAUGUGAAGAGAAAUGAUCGAAAUUUAGACAUUUACAAAUACAAUACCCCCGAUGCUUCAGCACCUGAGCUCAGUGAUGAAGUGAACCAGGAGACUGACGAAAUACGCCAUGCUGGACAUUGGGAAAUAAAAAAUCCUCAUCUCCAGGCAUUGAAAAACAUUCUGGUGUGUUAUAAUAUCUACAAUCCUAAUUUGGGGUAUGUGCAAGGAAUGGCUGACCUCUUAUCCGUGGUUUAUUACAUUGUUCGUGAUGAAGCGCUUUCUUUUUGGUGUUUCGUGAACUUUAUGGAGCGAAUGGAGCGUAACUUCCUAAGAGAUCAGUCAGGUAUUCGUGACCAAAUGCUUACUCUAACCGAACUUUGUCAAUUAAUGUUGCCGCAACUGAGUGAACAUCUGAACAAAUGCGACUCUUCUAAUUUGUUUUUUUGCUUCCGCAUGCUGCUGGUUUGGUUUAAGAGGGAAUUCGAGUUUUCAGACGUUUGCUCCAUCUGGGAGAUUUUAUUGACUGAUUUUUACUCUUCACAGUUCCAGCUCUUUUUCAUGCUAGCGAUUUUGCAAAGAAACAGUCAACCGAUAAUGCAGAAUCUUGACCAGUUUGAUCAAGUUUUGAAGUAUUUUAAUGAUUUGCAUGACACCAUGGAUUGGAGCGAUUUGAUGACUCGAAGUGAGCUUCUAUUUAUUAGAUUCAAGAAAAUUAUGGAAGUUAUGGAGAGAAGAAAAGAGAUUGAAGUGCAAAUACCCGAUGAUAGCGGCCCUAAAGCUACUGGCGUACAGUUGCACGAUUUUGACGUUGAAGAUAACGGGGAUGGGGAGCCACCAUGUGCCAGCAAGAAUUUGCAGCUCCUUUUGUCCAAAAAGCUGGUCAUACAAAGAGAAAGCUCGAGGGUAAAAGAUUCAAUAAGGUAA